GUUUGAUAGAGAUGGAGAAUUCAGUGAUCCAAGAUGGUAAUUGAGACAGUAUUAUCGAACCAAUCCUUCCUUGAUUCGUCCUCGAUUCCACUUGAGAUCGUCGUUCAAGUCGUGGAUCUUAAACCUGUUGGAAAUCGAUAUACUGCUGCAAGAAUGGAAAUGACCAGGAGGAUGCUGCAUCCGCUUGUGUCCUUGAACCUUUACCAAGGAAGCUGGACCAUUAAAGUCCGUGUUACAAACAAAGGAGUCAUCAAAACUUACAAAAAUGCUAAGGGAGAAGUGACACAUUCCAGAUGGGACAAAAUUUAUUACAUAUCGAGGGGAUCACUCAAGCUUGCUAAUAAGCAGUUCAAGACGGUGCAAAACGAUUAUGAGAUGACUCUUAAUGAGAAUUCAGGAGUUGAAGAAGCUGGGAACGAAGAAAUGUUAACAAAGUUCAACUUUGUACCCAUCUAUGAGUUGGGUGCAUACGUGAAUCAGAGGGAGCUUAUUGAUGUUAUUGGCGUUGUCCAAAGUGUUUCUCCUACGAUGAGCAUCAGAAGGAAAUAUGACAAUGAGAUGAUCCCAAAGAGGGAUAUAACUUUAGCUGAUGAGACAAGGAAAACCGUUGUGGUGUCCCUUUGGAACGAUCUAGCAACUGGCCUAGGGCAAGAGCUUCUAGACAUGGCUGAUAAGUACCCAAUAAUUGCGAUCAAGUCUCUCAAGGUUGGAAAUUUUCAAGGUGUGUCAUUAUCCACUAUCAGCAGAAGCAAUGUGGUGAUAAAUCCUGAUUUACCAGAGGCUACAAAGUUGAAAUCUUGGUAUGAGUAUGACUCUCAAGGUAAAGAGACUUCUACUUCUGCCAACAAUGGACCAAGAUCCAUGUAUACCGACAGAGUUUGUCUUUCUCACUUCACAAGCAACCAGUCUUUAGGCGAGGAAAAGCCUGUAUUUUUCAGUACUAGAGCUUACAUAAGCUUCAUCAAGCCAGACCAGGCAAUGUGGUACCGUGCUUGCAAGACCUGUCACGAGAAAGUCACUGAAGCUAUGUACUCUGGUUACUGGUGCGAAGGUUGUCAGAAAAAGAAUGAAGAAUGCAGCUUAAGGUAUAUAUUGGUGGUGAAAGUCUCUGAUUCAACCGGUGAAGCCUGGUUUUCUGCAUUCAACGAUGAAGCUGAGAAGAUUAUUGGAUGCACAGCUGAUGAACUCAAAAAACUUAAAUCAGAGGAAGGGGUAGUGAAUGAGUUUCAGACAAAACUGAAAGAAGCUACUUGGUCAGCUCAUCUCUUCCGUGUCAGUGUUUCUCAACAAGAGUAUAACAGCGAGAAGAGACAGAGGAUUACUGUAAAAGGUGUUUGUCCGAUUGAUUAUGCUGCUGAAACAAGACUAUUGCUCCAAGACAUUUCCAAGAACAAGAAGGCAUCUCAGUUUUAACAUUAUUUGUCUUAGCUUUCGCUUAAAGGUGCCUAGUUUUUAACAAAUUGUUGAUUUGUUUUUUAUAUAUUUUAUAUUUAAAUAAAAUAUUAUUU